AUGAAGCUUCGUAAUGCCAUCGGAUUGGCGAUUUCAGUUGCCCAAGUCACGGCGGGAAGGACCACGGUGACCACCGACCAGCUGAAUUGCUGGUAUCCGUGUGCCGAGUUCACAUUCUCGGAUAAUGGGAUUUCCAGCGGCCAGAAGGCCGAGUGUGCUAUCUACAUAGCGCCACUGUGCUACCCUGGCAUCUGUGACUCCCCUGAAGACUCAGAGAUCGACAUCUUCGUGAAUCGACUGCCGGCCGUGUGCAAUGCCGAGAACACAGCUAAUGGUGGCAGCAUUGACCCUACGGAAGUAGCCGCCUGUGCUAAGACGUUGUCAUUUCCGUACGCCGAUCUGGCAGCGUUUUCCAUCACAAGCGCUGCCACGGACGUGAAAACUUUCAUCGCCAAGCACACGAAUGGCGCCAGCACGAUUGUGUACGGCGUGAGCUACGGCACGACUGUGACAGAGCGGCUGAUGCAUCUUGCCCCUCCCGAGGCGAUCCUUGCGUCACGGAGGACAGGCGCGGGUGACGACUGGGUGCGAAGAGAGAUGUCAGGGUAUGUACUGGAUAGUAUUUUCACGACGACACGUGCUUCCGCGGACAAUUUCGCGUACUUCUCCCAUGGGGAAAUCAACUUUGGUGGGGUCGGUGACCACGUUUUGGAUCUGUGUGCGGAGGACAACAAUUGUCAUCCCCAUUUUGCGACGAAAAGUCUCCCUGAGACACUGGAAGACCUUCUGGUGCAAUUCGAUAUGAACCCCAACUCGACCUGCGCUACACUGGUGUUCAACAAAGCCAGCAAUCGCAAAGCAACGCCUUCGUUCAAGUUUCGGAGAACUCUUGGCUCACUACUUGACGAUGAGGGUGGCGCUUCGGGCCAGUUGUACAACUUGAUCGCGUUCUCGGAGAUGUGGGAAAUCCCCGGGUCGUCGGUGGAUGAAAUGAACGCCCGCCUUACCAGCAAGAAGCUGCCAAAUGGCGUGUUGGACGAGAUGCCGCCGCUCAAUUUGACCACGCCUAGUGACAUCAAGUACAAGUACCUGGGCACUGAAGAUGCUUAUGACGGUGCUUUCGACGCCACAGUAUCCACCACCCCCGUCUCCUAA